GCCGCGGUGGUGACGGGCCUGAUCUUGAACCCAGGCAAGUGCUCGCUGGUAUUUGCUGUGCCAUACUCCAGGAGAGAUGCGUGUGAGAUGUUUCGUGGAUCUGGCAUUAAAGCGCGGCCGUAUCGGGUCGACACCUUCGGCAAGUACCUGGGAGUUUACGUCGGCCCGAAGGGGCCCACGGUGUCCUGGGGCGCUCCCGGGACCAAAUGCUUCAGGCGAGCCUGGCACAUCAAAGGUCUUUCCCUUGGGCUAUGUCAGAAUAUCAUUACCGACAACGCGCUGGCCUUCUCCGUGUUCAGCUUUGCGGGCCAGCUGCACCAG